AUGUCAAGAGGUGGGGAGCUGAGUCCUCUUGACAUACAUACCAUCGCAGAACACAGGUCACACCAUCACUUGAAUAGCGUGUCGUCUCACCACCCACUUCAGCCACCUGCGUGCGUGGACCCAUGGACGUCCUACAUUCCCACCUGUAGAGCUCUAUUCCGAUCUGGUCAGAUCCUCGAAGUCAAUCCCGAGGACAUCACUCCCCAAGGUGAUCGAAUUCCGUACCCAAGUAGACUGCUACAUGUCGUUCUACACAAGCUUCAGAACAAGAUGUAUCCGCUCCAUUUUGACGGCCUUGAUGCGCUGGGGACAGAUCACGACCCAUCAACUCCGGGAGGAUAUGAGCGUUGUGUUGCAUAG